UUAUUUAUUUUAUUUUUCUUCAAAUUCAAACGUCAUUUAUUUAUUAAAAUUUAGAGAAAUUUUAUUUAAUUUGGUAACUACAAAAAGCCGCGAAGUUCUUCACUCACUUCUCCGAAAGCUCGAAGUUGUUAUUACAAUGUAAAGACCUUUUAAUUCAAGAAUGGUGGGCUUGGAAUUGAAGGGGCUGAAGAAAUAGUCGAAGAACUUUUCUCUCAUCCAAGGGGAUUGGCUAUGGGUUCUUGGGCAUACUUUGAUCCAGAGUAUGAGACCUUGAGCAUCCGAAUUAACCCGCCGCAGGUGUCUGUGGAUAAUUCGAGUUGCAAGGAUUGUACUCUCGUUAAGGUCGAUAGCAUGAACAAGCCGGGGAUUUUGCUCGAGGUUGUGCAAAUUCUUACAGACCUCGACCUUAUUAUUACCAAAGCUUAUAUUUCGUCGGACGGGGGAUGGUUCAUGGAUGUUUUUCAUGUCACGGAUCAGCAAGGGGAGAAAAUUAGCGACCGGAGAACAAUCGAAUACAUCGAAAAGGCUUUGGGUCCGAAAGGGCAAACCUUAGGCGUGUCGAAGAAUUCCCGGGAGAAAGUCGGGAUCAACUCGACGAUCGAUUACACGGCUAUCGAGCUCAUUGGGAGGGACCGUCCGGGACUCUUGUCUGAAAUAUCGGCGGUUCUUGCCAAUCUCCACAUCAACGUCAUUGCCGCCGAGGUUUGGACACACAACCGACGCAUCGCGUGCGUUCUUUACGUCAACAACGAUACGAUGAACCCUGCGACGGACGAUCCGUCGCGACUUUCGGCGAUCGAGGAGCAGCUAAAGAACAUCCUCGGCGGGUGCGGCGACAAUGUGGCUCACACUAGUUUUGCAAUGGCUCCGACCCACGUCGAUCGACGGCUCCACCAGCUGCUAUUUUCCGAUCGAGAUUAUGAAGGCACGUUCUCCGCGACCGAGCCGGGUUGCCCCAUCAAACCGAAGGUCACGAUCGAAAGAUGCGAGGAGAAAGAUUACUCGGUCGUAACUGUCGCGUGCAAGGAUCGAUCGAAGCUCAUGUUCGACAUUGUGUGCACCCUCACCGAUUUGCAGUACGUUGUUUUCCACGCCUCGAUUUCCUCCGACGGCCCUUACGCCUCGCAGGAAUAUUACAUUCGCCAUAUGGACGGUUGCACUCUCGACUCGGAGGAGGAGAAAUCGAAGGUCAUCAAGUGUAUCGAAGCGGCUAUCAGGCGAAGAGUGAGCGAGGGUUUGAGCUUGGAGCUAUGCGCGAAGGACCGGGUAGGUCUUCUAUCGGAAGUGACGAGAAUCCUCCGGGAGAACGGGUUAUCGGUGACGAGAGCGGGAAUCACGACGGUCGGGGAGCAAUCGACGCAUGUGUUCUACGUGAGCGAUGCGUCGGGGAGAGCGGUGGACUCCAAAAUCAUUGAAGAAUUACGCAAAGAGAUCGGGCACCGGAUGCGGCUGAGCGUAAAGAAGGACCCGACAGCAACGGCGACAGAUGCGAAGGCGGCAGCGGCAGACGGCGGCGGAGGAUGGGCAAAGACGAGCUUUUUCUUCGGAAGCUUGCUGGAGAAGUUCCGAAAUUGAAUCGAUCGAUACAAUUUCAAAACUUCAAAAAUUCAAAACCAAAACUCAAAACUAACCCAUGUAUUGAUGGUGUACUAUGGUGUGUGUCUAUCAUUGCCUCUGCCUUCAUGGAACAAGAGAAUAAAUUGCUUCAUUGUAAAUCGAUUCAAGGGUGCAUUCCGACCGUUUCUCAUA